GUAGCAGCGAGGAAUCGAGGGCCGGUGGCGGUGAUCCUGGGAAGCUGGGAGUGAAGAAAUCGAGACUGAAGGCCUCCUCGCCGAACAGGCAGGGACCACAGCAGUGUCAGAUCUGCGGGAAGGUGUUCAACAAUGCAUCGGCACUUACGAAGCACAAACUGACGCAUAGCGACGAGAGGAAAUACGUGUGCACAAUGUGCGGCAAGGCGUUUAAACGGCAGGAUCAUUUGAAUGGACACAUGCUGACACAUCGAAAUAAAAAGCCGUACGAGUGCAAAGCCGAAGGAUGCGGCAAGUCUUAUUGCGACGCGAGGAGCCUGAGGAGACACACGGAGAAUCAUCACGCCGGCAGCAAAAUCAAUGACAUCAUCGGUCCUUGCAGCCCAACGACCGGGCCUCAUACGCCGAAUACCCCCGGAAGCAAUCCCAGCACACCAAGCACACCUGGUGCAACCUCCACAACGAAUGGUCACGGGCACGCGGCCUUGAAGCAGCUUCUUUCCACCGAGCCCGCGCAAACGCAACAGCAAAAGAGCGCCACGUCUCCCGGUGCCAGUAAUGAUGGCCUCACGAAACAACAGCUGGAGCUCAUCCAGCAGAUCAUGCAGCAAACGCAACAGCAGACAACCACGCAACAGCAGCAGCAACAGCAACGGACCGCGACUCCCUCGGCAUCGGUAGCCACGCAAAUACAAAAGGCACAAAAACCGUCCAUCAAAUCCACCGCGUCGUCCGGCAAUAUUUCCAACAAUUCCGCAAGCGGAAACGCGACCAACAGUGCGAGAUCGAGUCCGAAACCGAAGAUGUGGAAUCACUCGCAUGUAAGUGCAACAAUCAAAAAAUAUACUAAAUAUUUUUUUAUUUUACCAUUACUUUUUCACCCGCUGAUGCCUGUGAUAUUGUAA